AUGCAGUUGCGCGGAGGCGGUAAGGGUGCGUCUGGCAGCGGGAGAGGCGGUGGAGGCGGUGGUGGUGGUGGCUUGGGCGACGGCGGCGGCGGCGGCGGCGGCGGCGUGAGCGGGUGCCCGCCCCCGGAGCUGGCGCUGAACGGCACCCUGCGCGCCGCCGCGACCGCGACGGACCGCCACCGCAGCGACUACUCGCAGGUGCUGGAGGUCAAGUUCUGGGGCGAGCUGGGCCCGCUGGGCGAGCGCCGCCUCUGCAAGAUCAAGUGCACCGGCGGCUCCUGGGUGGGCCCGCUCUGCCAGAGCCCCGACGACAGCAGCCACUUCCAGCCGCUGUUCCGUAACUGUCACCUGGGCGCGACGCCUCCCAACUUGGUCGUCUUCUACCGCAACAUCUCCAUUAUGAGCGAGAAGUCGGUGUUCCCGCACGGUGCCAUGGUGACGGCGCGCUGCCGCCGGCCCGGCCUGUACAAGCUGCUGGGCAACUCGUCGCUGCGCUGCCAGAACGGCGCCUGGAACCCGCGCCUGCCCGCCUGCAUCCCCACCACCAUGCUCACCAACUUCACCGAGUACGCGCCGCCGACGAUCCUGGUGAAGACACCAGCGGGAGCGGCCUCGAUGGAGCCGUCUGGCGCGGUGGCGGUCUUCCCGGGCACGACGCUGCACCUCGAGUGCCUCUUCUCGCGGAAGCUCGGCAACCCCGAGUGGACGUGGACGCCGACGUUCCGGCAGUACCUCACAGGUUGGGCGAUAGCGGCGGAGGAGCGCGAGUGGAAGUACCGGCUGUCCAUCUACUACAGCAAGCCGCAGGACACGGGCGUCUACACGUGCGCCACGCCGCGGGGCAUCACCAACAGCAUCGCCGUCCACGUCGCAGCCGUGCACUGCGGACCGCUGGAGACUGACGACACGCGGCUGACGAGCCGGAAGGAGGGCAGCCGCCUGGGCCAGCUGGCCGUCUUCCAGUGCCCCGCGGGCUUCCGCCUGCAGGGGCCCACCAACCUCACCUGUCAGGCCUCAGGUCGGUGGUCGGGCCCGGUGCCGCGGUGCGCUCCCAUCCUGUGCCCCAGCCUGGAGACGGACGACCCACACCUGUCGCUGGUCGAGCACAACACCAGCUACGGAGGCCGCGCCGUCUUCCGCUGCUCCUGGGGCCACCAGCUCAAGGGGCAGCCCGGCAUCGAGUGCGAGGCCGACGGCCACUGGUCGGGGCCCAUACCGUCCUGCGAACCCGUGCUGUGUCCGCCGCCACCGGCGCCGCUGCACGGCCGCAUCGUGGCCGGCGAGGAGCGCUACCGCGUGGGCUCGGCCGUGCAGUUCCUCUGCGACGACCGCCACCAGCUGAUCGGCGAGGCCAGCCUCGUCUGCACCGAGACCGGCGUCUGGUCGCACCCCACACCCCUCUGCGAGGCCCGCUGCCCGUACCCCGGCGACCCGGCGCACGGCCGCAUCGCGCCGGUCAAGUUCUCGUACGAGCCGGGCGACAAGCUGCAGGUGACGUGCGGCGCGGGCUUCGUCAGCCGGCUGGGCGAGCCGCCGCAGUGCCAGGGCGACGGCACCUGGUCGCUGCCCGUGCCGCAGUGCCGCAGCUACCGGCACGUCUGA